ACGGGUAUUCUGAAAGCAUUGCCAGUGCAAGAGCAAGCUAACUGUCAAUUAUGCAAAUCCACAUUAAAAGUUACCGAUAUAAUUUAUAUUCCCUGCGAGAAGAGUCACAUGUUUUGUGAGAAGUGUUUCAAUGAUUCUGUUGAAAAACGUGGUCCACGCUGUCCUUCCUGUGAUACACCUAUACCUCGAAAAAGAGCAAAGGAUUUUUCUAUUCCUGAAAAUAAAAGAAAAGAGUAUGAACAGUUAAAGCAAGUUCAGCAGUACUGUUUAGAUUUCUUUAUGGAGCUAGUUUCACAGUGUUGCUUCUCCCCAAUUGCUCCAGAAAAUCCUACUGACGAUUUUUAUAAGGCAUUGCUUGGAAUUGUAACUGAUACGGCACAUGAGGACUACAAAAAUCUCUUUCCAUUUGAAGAAGACUAUACUCAUGGUUGUCCAAUUGCUCGUUCUGUUUUGCUACAAUUGUUACUGGAGUACAAUCCAAUCGAAGUGCAAAAAAAGCUGCAGGAGUAUCAAAAUUAUGUUAAAAAAACUUUUGGUAGUGAGUAUAUUACUGAUGACCAAGAACUCACACUGCUGUGUAUCAAGUCAUUAGAGGACGGUCUUCAUAAAACAAGAGCUAAAAAGGAGUGCAUUGAUGAUGAGCUUAACUUUGGAAUACAAUGUUUAAAUGAUGCAUUGACUCUCUUAACAGAUGGUGACCAUUUUAAGGAAUAUCAAGAUAAUCUCUCGGUCGAGUUCAUGCAGUGUAUUGCUAAUGUCCGAUUUGGAAUGUGCUUUGCUGUUGACAUUUUCCAUCAAUAUUACUGUUUUGGUUCAGAUAAAAGAAAUCAAUUGCCCAGAGUUACAAAGGAAAAGCUUGAAGAACUUCACAAGUCUAUUCAAGAUAUCAUUGGCAAGGGUGUGCUGAAAGAACCUCAUCAGUUCUUUGUCAAACAAUUUGUGCGGCGGUUUGGAUUCCCAUAUCUCAGUGAGCUUGGAAAAUUGGCACAAUUUAAAUGGCUAAAUUUAGAAAAAACUGAAACUUUUGAUGGCUUUGUUGUAUGUGGGAAAGAAUAUACUACAUUGAGAGCAAAAUGGAUUUUUACAACAGCUUCUUUUACAGAAAAUGAUUUAGUUGAGGAUUUGGAAAAGGAUGAAAGUAAAACCAUUUUCAAUAAAAUUGCUUCUAGUUUAGUAUUUUAUCGGCACAUUGCAUCUGAUUCAUCCAAUACUACGGCAUUAGGACACAAGGACUUAUUUUGUAGCCAUCAAAAAACUCAAAAAUUGCUGUCACAUGUUUUUAAUGAUGGGUAUUUUGUUACGGCUGUUAUAUUCAACCCAAGAGAACCAAAAACUGCAAACAGUAUAGCUGCAGUUGUUGUACAGUGGAUUUCUGUUCUUGAAACUAGAAUUGAUAGUAGUCUAUUUGCUCCAUUUAAAGACAUUUUGCUUCAAACUGCAAAUGCUAAAGAAAUGUAUUGGCCAACAAUGGAUGACAACAUACUGGAUAUAGUAGUUGAUGCUACUGCUGGUACUACUGACACAUGGUGGAAAUGCCCUAAUGGACAUGAUUAUUUUGUGCAAAAUUGUGGUCGUCAAGUUGUUGGAGAUGUUCAGAAAUGUUUUUGUGGUGCUGAAAUUGGAGGAAAAUCAUACAAUGUAGCUAAGGAAGGAAACGUUAAAAUUGAAAAAAGUGGUACGGAACUUACGAAGACAGGCCAUGUGCUUGACCACCCUAAUGCUAGAUCAACUGAUCCUGUGCCUCAAAGAGAUCUUUCUCCUUUUUCUAACUGUAUCAUCAGAUUUCUAGUGAAUGCUACUUGUGUUUGGAUAGCUAGUUCUAAUAAUAAAGCAGCGUGUCAGAUGCUUUUUGAUGUUACUCUAACUUCUGAGCCAAUUGAGCUUCACCAGUUGUUGAACUAUUUCUGGCAUCAUCUUGAAUUAGAUAUACAAACACUGCGUAGAGCUACACAACACAGUUUUGACGAUUGCAUCCUACUUCUGCAUACAAUUGUACACAAUAUGCUAAGAGGAAACUACGAAACAAUAAUUGAUUUUGAUAUUAAGCUUCUCUCUCGUAAAGACAGACAAUGCUGGGAAAAUAAAUUCAAUCAAAUUGUUAUUAAACCAAACAUUGAAGUACAAACAGAAAAGGGAAAAGACUACUUAAUUGAUCAGCACAUUGAAAGAGGAAGACAAUUAAUAAUUGAAGAUUCCAAUUUAGACCAUAGAGCAUUGUUACAGAUGGUUUAUGAGACAGUUCCUAUAACAAGCAACAGUAUAAUGCCACACUUGUGGAUUUAUCGGCCACUGAUUACUAUUGAUCACGUCUCACUUUCUCUUGAAAAAGACACUGAAUCUGCUGAUCUGAGAAUAUUGAGGCAGUUCCUCAAACAAGUUAAAUUACUUGAAGCUUUGGCUUGUCUUCCUGAUAUAAUACGACUCCAACAAUUUUUGUAUGAAAUGUGUCACCUUCGAAUUGAUGAGACUGAAGUAGAUCAAUCACUUGAAGAGUAUAUUAGAAAAGGAUUAAUGAGAACUCAUAAGCAGCAAAAGUUGUUGGCUCAAGCUGAAAACCUUUGUACUGCUUGGAACAAAGUCAAAAAUGAGCUACCAAGCUUGAUGAGUGUUGCUGUACCAAAAGAAUGCAUUUCUGUAGAAAUGAGUCUAAAGCAGCCUUUAGAAUUUUUCAUUCCAAUGAGACAAGGAAAAGGAGUUUGUAGUUUAGCUUUAACCAGUUAUUUGGCAAAAUUACAAAAUGAUUUUAUUGACUUUUCAUGGGAAAAACUUAAAGUUAAAUCAAUCCGUGGCAAACGUCACAUACCAUCGCAUAAAAUCCAAGACUGUCAUAUGAUAUCUUUUAAAGAUCAGCUGUCACACGUAAUAUUUUCUCAUUGCAAGUAUUCUCUCAAAGCGGGUCAUGGUGCGGAUAUCAAAUAUGAUUUUCCUGCACUGGAAAAGCAUAUCCUGGAUCGAUUUGUUCGAGGGAGACCACUAAUAACUUGUGACAUUCCUCUAGUGUCAUAUCGUAGUGAUGUAUUGGAUGCUGUGAUCUUCAGACAAAUACGAAGAAACAUUCCACAAGAAAACUUGCCUCAAAGAGAAAAGGCUGUCAUUCUUAAUGACCUUCAAAAGACUCAGAGGGUGCAGCAAUGCAUUGAUACUGUAAAUGUUGCUCUAGGAUUUAUCCAGCACACAAGAAGUAACUCACAGCUCCUUAUGAAACGGUUCAUGUCAAGUCUCAAGAUGGAAGGAAAACUGCCUAAAUUAGUGGAAGAACGAUGUGAACUUCGUCAUGCUAUUUCACUGUGGCGUUUAGUUAAUGUAGAACAAGCUAAACAGAUUACUAAUGGAAAUGAGGAUCCAUUUCCUAAUAUUAAUGACGUUUUUAAAGAACGUUUGGAUGACAAACUAAAGGAAGUGUUACAAAUUGCAUUAGGAACUUAUGAUAUGGACCAGUUCUUGGAAGUAUUUUAUGAGUUUAUUGUGACACAAGUUAAAAGCAGAAGGGAAUAUGAAGCAGAUGAUGAGUUGAUUGAGGCAUACAUUGAUGUGUGUGAUUACUUUGAUUUGGAGAGAAUCACAAGUUUUGCUGAAAAGUUUCCCAAAGAAUUCUCAUUGAAGCAUGUCACUGAGAUAUGGAAAUAUGCUGUUAAGUACCAGCGAGAGCAAAUUGCCAAACAACUAUGAAACUUAUUUUUUUGUAAACUUAGAUCUAGUAGUUAGUAUUAAUUAUGAUAGUCUAUUUUGCUGCAUGAUUAUUUAGUUUUGCUGCUUUGUUAUUGCUGAAUAGUGAUUUUGCUACUUAUAAAAGCUAAUUUAUUAGUUAAUAAUAAAGAAUUGAAGGAAAA